GUUAACUACCGAAGAAGUGUUUUGACUGUGUUAUACUGUUAUAGACUAGAUCUAUUAUUCUAGAUCUAGAUCUAGUCUAAGUGAGUCUAGAUCUAUUUAUCUAGAUCUAGGCCUCUUUAGACUAGUCUAGAUUCUGUUUUUUAAGUUUUAGAAUUUAGGCUCAUUUCAUUACAAUUUGAAUUACAUCGAGAUUUUAAACGCAAAAAUGCCUGAGAAUCAGAGUAUGAAAGAAAUUGAUAAUGUUCGAGUUGUGGUGAGAUCAAGACCUCUAAAUGACAAGGAAAAAGAGACCAACUGUAACGUGGUGGUUAUUAUUGAUGAAGUUCGUGGAUCUGUCACAGUAAAAAACCCUCAAGCUUCCCAGUCGGAGCCACCAAAAACCUUCACCUUUGACAUUGUGUUUGGGCCAGACUGUAAACAGCUGGAUGUCUAUAACAAAGUGGCAAGGCCUGUAGUUGAUUGUGUGCUAGAAGGAUACAAUGGUACAAUAUUUGCAUAUGGCCAAACUGGCACAGGAAAGACAUUCACCAUGGAAGGACUACGAGCAAUACCAGAAAAGAGAGGCAUCAUACCCAACUCUUUUGCCCACAUUUUUGGUCACAUUGCUAAAGCAGAGGGCGACACAAGGUUUUUAGUGCGUGUUUCAUAUCUGGAAAUCUACAAUGAAGAAGUUCGAGAUUUGUUAGGGAAAGAUGAAAAUCAGAGGCUAGAGGUGAAAGAGAGACCUGAUGUAGGUGUAUAUGUCAAAGAUCUGUCAGCUUUUGUUGUCAACAAUGCAGAUGACAUGGAUCGAAUUAUGACUCUUGGAAAUAAAAAUAGAUCUGUGGGUGCCACAAAUAUGAACUUACACAGUUCAAGGUCACAUGCAAUCUUCACUGUGACCAUUGAGUGUAGUGAGAAAGGUCCAGAUGGUGAGCAGCAUGUCAGAGUAGGAAAGCUUCAUUUGGUAGAUCUCGCUGGCUCUGAGCGUCAAGCUAAAACUGGGGCUACGGGUCAAAGGCUGAAAGAGGCCACAAAAAUUAAUCUGUCGCUCUCCACACUGGGUAAUGUCAUCUCUGCUCUGGUAGAUGGCAAGAGCACCCACAUUCCUUACAGAAACUCCAAACUGACUCGUCUACUGCAAGACUCUCUUGGUGGGAACUCAAAAACAGUGAUGGUAGCUAAUGUUGGCCCAGCAGACUACAACUAUGACGAGAGUAUCAGUACAUUAAGGUAUGCCAACAGAGCAAAGAAUAUCAAGAACCGAGCCAAAAUCAAUGAGGACCCUAAAGACGCCUUGCUGAGGCAGUUCCAGAAGGAGAUAGAAGAACUCAAGAAAAUGUUGGAAGAUGGUGUAAGUGAUGAUGAAGGUAGUGGAGAGGAAGAGUCUGGAUCAGAAGAAGAAAUCAUAGAUGAAAAUGGGCACAAACAAAUUGUCAAGAAGAGAAGAAAAGCCAAGCGUCACAUAUCUAAAGAGAAAAUGGCUGAGAUACAAGCCAAGAUAGAAGAGGACAGACGAAUGCUGGAGUCUAAGAAAGACAUGGCAGAGGAGGAAAGAAACAAAGUAAAGACAGACCUUGAGAAGAAAGAAUCAGAAUUGAAAAAAUUUCAGGAAGAACAGGAGCAGCUCAAACAAAAACUUUCAGUCAUAGAGAAAAAGAUCAUUGUAGGGGGGGAGAAUCUCUUGGAGAAAGCCGAGGAACAGGAGCGUCUUCUGGAAGAGAGUGCCAGGGAGUUAGAGGCCAGGAAAGAGAAGGAAGAAGAACUUAAGAAAGCAUUAGAGGAAAAAGAGCAAGAGCGUCUCGAUAUAGAAGAAAAAUAUUCCAGUUUGCAGGACGAAGUGGCUGGCAAGACAAAAAAAUUAAAAAGAGUUUGGACAAUGUUGAUGCAAGCCAAGUCAGAAAUAGCAGACAUGCAACAGGAGCAUCAGAGAGAGAUGGAGGGGCUUCUGGAGAAUGUGAGGCAACUGAGUAGAGAUCUGAAACUACAGAUGACCAUUAUAGAUUGUUUUAUUCCACAAGAAUUUCAAGAUAUGAUAGAAAAACAUGUCCACUGGAAUGAUGACAUUGGUGAAUGGCAGUUACGCUGCGUGGCCUACACAGGGAAUAAUAUGAGGAAACAAACUCCACAGCCAGAGAAAGAAAAAGAAAAGAGUCCAGAAAUAGAUCUGUCCAGUGUGUACUUAGCCUACACCAGAGAUGGUGAACUGGAAGCACUCAGGCCCAAGACGGGCAAAGGUUCAAAAAGUGGUCGACCAAAGACAGCCAAUAGACCCAAGAGUUCCAGGAAGAAACGCCAAGACUCAAACAUCAACUCUUUACUUCAUUGACUGCUGGCAUGGGCAAUAACUCUACUCACCUUCAAGUCUUUACUACUCUGGGACUGUCUGGAAUGCUGGGUAAAAGGCAAAGUUUGGACUCUGGGAUAAAUGAUUAUCAUUCACCUGUAGAUAAUUUUUAGUUCAUUUUUGUUGUUAACCUUAGUACUUGACAUUGACUUCAGAAUAAAUCAAGUUUAAUUAUGUUGUAAUUUACAUGCACAUUUAAUGAAUGAAGAGAACUAUACCUUUCAAAAUCAUUCAUAAUUUCAGUGCCACAAAGUCAUUUAAAGUAACAUAAUUUAUAAUUCUUAUGAACAAAGAAGACAUGAACUUUAUUUAUUCUAAAUUCAUUUAUCCUGAAUGAAUUAUAUAAUGUCUGUCCUUUUUCCUGUGACGUGUAUAAUUGACUAAAUCUAGUUGACAGAGCUUUGAAUCUGAAAGUACUUGUGAUGCACAC